AUGAUCGAUCAAUAUUCAUUAAUAACGACUACACAAGAUUUAACGGAUCCACUUGUUAAUACAUUAGUUAGUUCCUGCAUGACACCACAACAAUAUACAUCUUCAUCGGAUUCUCUAGCGAUGAAAGUACAUCAUGCCCUGGUUUUGGAAGAUUUAAAAACAUUACCAAAUUUUUCAGGUGACGAAUCACAAUCAAUCAAUUUAUGGUUAGAAGAAAUUGAACGUAUAUACGAUAAAGCCUUCAUUACAGAUACUGAUAAAUGUUACCGCACAUUAAAAUUAUUAUCGAACAUUGACGAUAAAUGGUUAGAAUUUAUUCGUCGUCAAAAAUUAGAUUGGAAUGAAUUUAAACGAAAACGAAUUAGCCGAUUCGAAGGAAAGAAGAAUCCGUCACGUAUUGAAUUGGAAGAUGAUAUUCGAAAUCGACGUCAUCAUGAUAAUGAACUUAUGCGUCAGUAUUAUUCUGAUAUUAUGAGAAAAUGUGAUUUAUUAGAGGAAGAAUAUCCAGUUUCAGAUCGUCAUCGUAUUGAUUAUAUAAUUCGUGGUCUGCCGGAUAGUAUUCAAGAUCAAUUAUUAAUUAGAGAAUAUUCAACAUCAAAAGAAUUAUUAGAAGUAUUGCAAAAAACUGAAGAACGUCAGAAACGGACAAAUUUCGAACAACAUGUUAUAAGUAUAGAUGAGAAUGCUCCAUUACCAAUAGCAAGAGCAACACCAACAUUACAAACAACAUCUCUACGAACCAAUAACUUUCAACUAAAUACACCUUUUAUUCAACAAUUUGAUCGAUACAAUAAUAAUCAAUUUUAUAAUAAUUAA